AUGGAGGAUCAGUUGAGGGCAUCGUCAGGUGGCCGGCCGGAUAUGGGAAAUUCAGCGCAGCGUUCUAUCACAGGUAGUUUUGGUGAUUCUGGGAGUAGUGGUGUUCUUCAGGAGGAGGAAGGGAUACCCAGUGUUCGUCGAGAGUUGCCGCGGAUGACGGAUGUCCUAUCGGCUGGGGGGACUGGCGAGGCCGAGAGGUUGACGCUGAGAGAGUACGAGGCUGACCUAUGGCACUGGAAGUCGCUCUGGCAUAAGGUUCGAGCAGCGAUUGAGUCGGGGACCACAUUCCAAGGCUGUUCUAUGGCCACCUUUGGUACGACGGAUUCGUCACUAUUACGGAUGAGCGAAUGCAGGGCAUCGUGA